AUUUUAAAUUUUUUUAUCAGUCUGUGACCGGCGUUGAAAACGACACGCGAGAGAGCUCGUAAAAUCUCAAGUUCAUUUUUUAUAAUUUUGUAGAAUAUUACCAGAUAGUAUUGAACACAUUAACUGAACCGUGAAAGUAAUAAUUUAAGGCGUACAAAAUGAUAUUCGUUGCCAUUUACGAUAUGGCUGGCUGGUGGACUCUAGUCAUGGCUCUACAAGUGGUAGUAAUUUCAACUUACUUUUUCUGGAGCAAAAAGAAGUCUAAAACCUAUGAUCCCCUAUGUAAUGGGAAACCGAUAGAAUGGAACCCUAUACCUAUCGUGGAGCACGAUGUGACAGUUGAAGAACCUCCUUUGAUGGGUAAAAUAGACGAUAAUGCUUUGAAUGUGGGUUCUUUAAGUUUCCUCUGCCUUGACAAGGAAGAGUCUAUCAUGGACGCUACGUUAGAGUCUCUUGGGAAAUAUGGAGUUGGCUCCUGCGGCCCUCGAGGCUUCUAUGGCACGAUUGACGUCCAUCUAGACUUGGAGGAGCGUCUGGCUAAGUUCCUGGAGGUGGAAGAGACUUGUGUGUACUCGUAUGGGUUCUCUACGAUUGCUAGUGCUAUACCUUCCUAUUCUAAGAAGAAGGAUAUCAUUUUUGCUGAUGAAUGUGUAUGGUUCGCAAUACAGAAAGGCAUUGAAGCCUCCCGCAGCACCGCUCGCUACUACAAACACAAUGACAUGGACCAUCUCGAACAACUCCUGGCCGAGGCUCAGAAGAAGAAGGAACUCAACCCUCGGAGACGAGCCUUCUUGAUUGCAGAAGCUAUAUACUUUAAUACUGGUGAAAUGUGCCCGUUGAAGAGGUUGGUGCAGUUAGCGAGAAAGUAUAAGCUAAGGAUUAUUUUGGAUGAAAGUUUGACUAUUGGGGUGGUAGGUAAACACGGUCGCGGUAUAACCGAGCUGCUGAAUAUACCUCGCGAAGAGAUCGACCUGAUCGUGGGCUCUCUGGAACAUUCGUUCGCGACAGUCGGCGGCUUCUGCGCAGGAACACACUUCAUGGUCGAACAUCAGAGGCUUUCGGGACUUGGUUACUGCUUCAGCGCAUCUCUGCCGCCGAUGUUGACGCAAGCGGCCAUAUCGGCGCUGGACAUCAUUGAGGCCAAGCCGGACAUCAUCGGCGAGCUCAAUGAAGUCUCUAUUAAAAUUAACAAAGCCCUCUCUCAACUGAAGCAUUUCACAUUCCGAGGCGACGCACUCUCCCCGGUGAAGCACAUCUACCUCAAAAAGGAUGACCUCACAGACAGACUGAAACACUCAUACCUCCGUAACAUUACUAACUAUUGUCUAGAGCAAAAUGUCGCCAUGACAGUCGCCGCUUACUUACGAGAUGUCGAACUAAACUGUCCGGAACCUUCCAUCCGUUUAGCGUGUAGCAGGAAACUUACAGACGACAAAAUAGAUCUAAUAUGCUCAUUAUUAGACGAGGCGUAUGAAAAAGUAGGUCCGAAACCCGAACUGUCUCCAAAGGCUGUUAAGUAAUACCUUGGCCUCGAGUAUUGUCUAUGGAUUUUUGGCGGGAAGUACAAUUUUUUGUUGUCUUUUUCGGACUUUGUUUUAAGGUUAUUUUUCUUGUUUUGUGUUAAGUGUUUGUUUUAUUAUUUACUUCGCACCAAUGCAUACAGUUAUCGAAUCGAUUGUUUUUUAUGCAUUUCAUUUAAAUGCUAAGUUAUAUUGAAAAUCGCUAUAUUUUCAUGGUGUUUACCCGACAGUAAAGGAAAAAGAGAUUUUAUAUAUUUCACAGCUACCAAUUUAAAGCAAUGCAUUAUUUCUACUAUCAAUGAACUAAAAACUCAAGAUUGUCAAUGAACAAAUGUUUGAUACAGUUGUAUGCAAUAAAAAGUAAAUUAGUCCAAUCAAAUUAUGGAAGGCAAAAUAUAGUUCUAAUCAGUAAAAGAUUAUGUUCACAAACUAGAUGUAUAUUAAUGGAGUAAUACUUAUUUUUGCAUAAAACUGUAUUGUGGUAAGUUUUAAGUAAGUACAUAGCGUUAUAAUUUAUUAAAAUUAAGUGCACAAUAAAGCUUAUUAUAUUGUUAAUUAAUCGUAACUGAGUUCCAAAUACUUGUUGUUACAUUAAUAAUAUCGAAUACUGGUUCGUAGUGGACUACUUAAAUAUGACUUUACCAAACUAAAAUAGUAAUAAAAAAACUGGCAUAUCCAAGGGUAUGGUAAGGUAUGUGCCUCGAAGGCAUACCGCUUGCUAUCAUGCCGCCAAAAUCGAACUUAUUCCCUAUAGUUCACGAUUAUCAAAGAGAUGUAACUUUGACAUUCAUAAAAUUAAUUACAUAAGUAAAGCAAGUCCAUAAAUACAAGAUAAACUUUUUUUUUGUACUGUCCACUAUGAAACCAUAAAUAAACUCAAAGUAUUACGAAUAAAACCUCAUGUUGCAUUAAUAGUUUUAAUAUUAUAUUUACUGCCGUGCGGUAACAAGUACAUUAGGUAAGAUACACUACUUCACGUCUACUUAAUUUUUAUAUUAUUUAUUUAUUAUAAUAACUAGCAGUAAAGGUAUCCUAAAUGCUAACAGAACAUUAUCUACAUUUGUGCCAAGUUGCAUUAAAACUUGUUUAGCAGUUGUGUGGAAUAAUUUAAAUUUAUUACUUAGAGAUUAUUUUGAAUGCGACUAAAUAAAUCGCGUUGGCCAAAAUGAAAUGUCUUUGCAAAACGUCAUAAUUUUUAGACAAUUACCUGUGAAAUAUGAAUCUUCGUGAUCAAUUCAUAACUGUAAUAGCAAUAUUAUUACCACUACUUAUGGCAUGUAGCUUUAUUUAUAUGACGUAUCGAUUUAUAAAGCUAAGACGCAGAAAUCUAUUGAUGGAUUGAAAGCACUUCUAACGAUAUCGAUAUUUUCCACUACAUAAUGUCAUAGAUAUAGAAUGUUCACUAGUUUAUAUAAUAGUGCCUUGAAUCUCAUUUGAUGUAAAAAGUAUUGUAUCUGCCUCUUGUGAAAAAGAAUACAAGUUUCGUGGAAAAAAACAUAAAGUUGGUGAACUUUUAAACAAUUUUUUUUUGGUUAAAUUGAACUUGUAAACUUGUUCACUAGUGGUACAGGAUUAAUGGUUAACACAUUCCAAUAAACUUCAAGUAUUAUAUCAGUACGAGUAUAAUAGUCUAUUUUAUCCAAGUUAAUAAAUAUUAAUAGUUAAAAUGUGUAUUUUUACAUCAAAUGCUUAGCGAAUACCAAGGUGUAUCGUCAUAAAUAUCAUGACAUAUUUAUUUAUAAUAUCUUAUUAUAAUGUAUAAUAUAAUAUUACAGAACAGUGCUUGUUAUGUUAUUAAAUGAAUAAAUACGAGAUUUUUUAACA